AUGGCCAAAAGAAAGAGAGUAGAAAUUGCUACCAAUGACCAAGCUGGUCAAGACCAGCCUCGCAAGGCUGUCAAGGCAGCAGCAGUGACCUCCGAAUUGCCCGAGAAUGAUCCAGGUGCUGUAACAAUUCAAAUUGUUACAGGUUCUUACCAGAGCGUGCUACAUGGUUUUACUGUGACUCUGCCUGCCGAACCUCCCAGCGAUGAAAAAGCACUAAAAAAAGAUGCGCCGUCUACGCUUCGCUUUGCCGACACUUUUCUAUUUCAAGCGCAUACAUCUGCAAUUCGCACACUUGCGCUAUCGCCGCCGACCAACACAGACUCUUCCCAACCUCAAACAGCGAUCUUGGCUACUGGUGGCUCGGAUGAGCGUAUAAACUUGUACUCCAUUUCUAUGGCACCGCCAAUGGUUAGUGAACGAUAUCCUUCGAUUUCUACUCUAGCUGGAAAUAAAAUCCUAGAGAAUCCAAAGAAUCGAGAAAUCGGGACUCUGCUUCACCAUUCAUCCAGUAUUACUACGCUUUACUUUCCAUCCAAGUCCAAAUUGUUGUCUGCAGCUGAAGACAAUACUAUAUCCGUGACCAGGGUUCGCGAUUGGAACGUGGUCUCUACAGUCAAAGCACCCCAACCCAAAGCACAAGGCAGACCCAGUGGAGAUACAGCUCCUCUCGGAAGCGUGCCAUGCGGUAUCAAUGAUUUUGCCGUCCACCCGAGUAUGAAAUUGAUGAUAAGUGUUGGUCGUGGUGAAAGAUGCAUGAGACUGUGGAAUUUGAUGACGGGCAAAAAGGCGGGCGUAUUGAAUUUCGAUAGGGAAUUGCUGCAAAGUGUCAAGGAGAAUAAACGAUCUACGGGAGAGGGACGGGCCAUUGUUUGGGACAAUGCUGGAGAAGAAUUCACUAUUGCUUUUGAGUGGGGAGUGGUCGUAUUUGGAGUAGAUUCAAUUCCCAGAUGCAAAGCUAUUCCAUCUCCGUCAACCAAAGUUCAAAAAGUGAAAUACGUCGAUUUUAGUACGGACAAAGACGGCUCAAAGGAGAUCCUCACGGUAUCCACGGACGACGGCAGGGUGUUGUUCUACUCGACCAAAGAGACUUCGGCAUCGUCUGAUUCGUCGACAAUACCUGAUGCCCAACUCGUCGGUCAGCUAGGUGGCAAGGCAAGCGGUCUUACAGGGCGUAUUAAAGGAUUCGAGAUCCUUGAUUUGGCAGAUUUUGACAAAUGGAAAGGGACAUAUUUGUUGGUAACGUCUGGAAGCGAUGGAAUCAUUCGAAUUUGGUCUUUCAAGAUCAAAGAAGCUACCACUGAGGGGCUUUCCUCUACGCUGCUUGGCUCAUAUGAAACUGGCAACAGAAUCACCUGUAUGGUUUCGUUUGUCAUGCAGAAGCCUCAGGACCUGGAAUCUAUCAACGAAUCUGACUUGGGUUCAGAUAAAGAGGAGGAAGAGGCACCGGAGGAGUCCAGCAGCGAUAGCGAUCAGGAUUAA